AUGAAUAUUAUCAUUCUGAUAAUCUAUUUGAUUUAAACUUCUUUUUCUGAGCUUUUGAAUAUAAGAGAAUGUUAAGAAUAACUUCUUUACCCAAAGUUUUGUAUAGAAUCAACGAAACAUUCUCCAUGUAAAAUAAUUUAGAUAUAUUAGGCAUUUUUCAUGAACGAUUGAAAUUUUGUCUUCCAAUUUAAGAUACUAAUAAAGGUUGCAGUAAUAAUUUAAAUGAAAAAGCUUGUAUAAAUUAAUUGAGUGAUUAAUAUGGAAAAGAGUGUUAAUGUAUAGAGUUAACUUAAUUUAGGUAUUUUUAAUUUGAGAUGCUAAAAAGCUUCAAUAAUACAGUUAUCUAAUUUAGGCUGUUUUGAUAAGUUUAACAAGCAUGCUUGUAUGAAUGUUAGAAAUCAUAGAUGCUAAUGGGACAUUUCUUGCCAGUAUGUUUCAAAUGAACAAAUAGAAUUUAUAUCAUGUGAUUAGUAAUAUAAAAUGCCUGUGUCUCCUUUGGUUUGUUCAUCCAUACCGAAAUUAGAAUGUAAUGACAAUUUAUCAUUAUUAAGGUAUGAACUCUGGUUCAUUGGGAGGUUAUAAAUGUGUUUCAAUACAGGAGAAGGAUUACUAAUAAUUAAAAUGCUCUGAGUUAGGAUUGACUGAGCUGGCUUGCAGAAAGAUAAUUGCAUUUGAAGAAAAAUGUAUUAUUAUAAUUAAUAUUAGGUAUUUUUUCAAAUAAUGUUUGCCGACAAGUCUAGAAUAAUGAAAUUGUAAAUUGCAAUUAAAAGAUCAAUAAAUUAGCUUGCCUUUCAAUAAAUAAUCCCAACCUUAAUUGUUAUUGGAUGAAUCAUUAAUGCUUAGAAUUUAAAGUAUCAGAAGAAAAUUAAGAAAUCUUGUCUAAUGUAAGUGUAAGUGCUAGCGUAUGUGCUAAGCUUUAAGAUUCUUAUAAAUUUGAUACCGAAAAAUAUCAAUGCGUACUUAUUCCUUUGGAGAAUUCUCAAAUUUUGGAUUGUAAUACGAUUGGAUUAUCUAAGAAAGGUUGCCUAUUUAUAAAAAAUAAAAACUGUUCUUUUUAUGGAGGGAAAUGUUAAGAACUUAAUGAAUAAGAUCUUAAAAGUUAUUUAUGUGAAAUGGAUUUGAAUGAAUAAGCUUGUGUUAAUUUAGAAACUGAAUUUUAAUAUUGUAAAUGGAAUGGAAGUAAUUGUAAAAGAAUAUUUAUGAAUUAAGAUAUAAGUUGUCCUUUAUAAAAUAAUAAUCAUUUAAUGAAAGUUAAUGGAAAUGUUUGUUAAGCUAUAUCAAAAUCAGAUGUUUUAUGUAAAUAUGAUUAAAAAACAAAUUUAUGUGUUAUCAGUACCAAUUAUGAUAAAUGUAAUACUCCAUUUCUUAAUUUUUUUGGUUGCAUUGGUAUUUAAAAUCAUCAUUAAACAUGCCAAUGGUAUUAAAAUAAAUGUAGAAUCAUAACAAUUCAAUAAAACUCUACUUUAUGUGAAACUUUAAAAAAUGUAAAUCCUUAUUCUUGUUCUUAAGUUUAUCAAAGUAAUUCUAUUGGUUGCUAUUACGAUAAAGAUUCAUAUCAAUGCAAAUCAAUCUUAAUUGAUUCAGAUUCACAGUUAUUAAAUACAAUCUCAUGUAAAGACUUAUCAUUAGGAAUUAAUAAAGUUUUAUGUGCCUCAAUCACUACUCCAUUGACUCCAUGUAGAUGGUAUUAAGAAUAAUGUUCUUUUGUUGAAUAUGAAACCAUAAAAAGCAUCCCUUGUUAAAAUCAUAUUUAUGCAAAUUAUUAAGUUUGUGCAUAAAUUGAAUAUAAUAAAGCAAAAUGCUUCUACUCUUAAUAAAACAAGCAAUGUUUUGAGUUAAAAACAGGUGAUGAUGUAAAGGCUUGUAAUAGUAAGGGAUUAAAUAAAUAUGCAUGCUCAUCAAUUGAAGAGUUUUGCUACUUUGAAAACUUUACCUGUAAAGAUGCUAAAAACAAUUUGAAUAAUAUUUUAUGUUAAUCAAGCUAUCCUUCAAAAAAAGCUUGUCUGGCUAUAACGACGAAAGGUUAAUUUUGUAAGUGGUCUGAUAAGAUCAAUCAAUGUAUAGAUGUUAUUGUAGAAGAAAAUCAUAAAUGUGAAACAAAAGAAAUUUAGCUGGUCAACCACUUAGUCUGUGCUAGUGUUAUUAAUUAUGUACAUUAGCUUGUAUAAGUAAAAGAUUUUAAGGGUUAUUGCCAUUAUAAUUAAGAAUAGAACUUCUGUUAGGUUCCACCCAGAGAAACAUAUCAAUGUACAACAAAGUGUUGUACAGAGGAUGUUGGAAUAAACGCUCAUGCUUGCAUUAAAUUUUCUAAUGAAUCCGAUAAUUGUUACUUUUAUGAUUUAAGAUGCCAAGAAUUAACUGAAGAUUUAGUUGAUAUCAAUGAUCCUAAAUAAAUCAAAUAAUAUUUUAAUGCAUUAAAUUUACCAUGCUCAUCUGUGAUGAAAAAGUAUUGUCAUAUGAUUGAUUGGUCUGAAACCCAAAGAUGCUUUAGUUAUGGAGACAUCUGUAUCCAUUUUAACACAAACUAUUAUCCCAAUAUCAAAGAAUUGAUUGAAUUACAAAACCCAGUAUUUAAUAAAUUUGCAUGUCUAUCAGUGGAAGGAAAUUCUCAGGAGAAUAUUAAUUUUAAAUAUUUAACGUAUGAUGAGGGAAGGAAAACUUGCUUACUUGCGACUAAAACUUAAUAUAAGAGUUGUGAAGAUGUGAAAGGAAACAGGAAUGUUUGUAUGAGCCAUACUGAAAAUUUAUAUUGUAGAUGGAAUGCUGAUAAACUAAAGUGUGUUACAAUUACUAAAGAAGAGCUGUAUGAAAUACAAAGUUGCUAGCUCAAUUAAAACAAAAAAGCUUGUCUUGAAAAUAAACAUAAAAAUUGUUCUUUUGAUGGCAAGAACGACAGGUGUUUGAAUUUUAGACUUGAUGUAAUAAAUGAUGAAUAAUUAAUGGUAUAAUCUGUAUGCGUAUAAUUAGAGGGAGUACCUUACGAAUUUUAUUAAUCAAAAAUUUGUAGUUAAGCAGAGAUAAAAGUAUUUCCAGGUUGUUUUUAAUAUAAUAUCAAUAACAAAGCAUGUUAUAAAUAUUCUUAAGGAUAUUGUCGAUGGAAUUCAGAGUUUUUCUUUUGUUAUGAAAAUGAGGAUGAGAUCAACACAUUAAGUUGUUCUGAUAAUUUGAACAAGGUUCUUUGUUUAGUAGUCACAAAAGAAGGAUGCGUUUGGAAUGAAGAAAAAUAUUAAUGUUAAUCUAAUAAAGAAAUUACAUAUAAUAAUUGUGAAAAUGAAUAAAAUGAAUUAGCAUGUUUAUCCAUAAAAGAAUGCAUUUAUAAUUAAGAAGAGAAAAAAUGUAAAAGGCUUUAAGAAAAUAUUAACUGCUCAGAUGCUAAGUAGAAUAAAGAUGGUUGCCUAUUAAAUACUAGAGGACAUAAAUGUCAAUAUACUGAUGGAAAUUGUCAGUAGUAUUAAUCAGAUUAAACUAUUUGUGAUUCUGAAAUCGAUAUCAAUAUUGAAGUCUGUAUGGACAUACCUCAACCUUGUUAUUUUAAUAUUAAAACAUUAAAAUGCGAAAAUGUUAAAAUUGAAACAAAUACAACAUGCUAAUCUCUAUUUAUGUAAUUACCAAAAAGUAAUACGAUUGCAGAUUAAGAAUUCAAAGAAGGAAGAUAUUACAACAAAAUUGCUUGUUCAUCUAUUAGCAUGGAUUUAGAAUUAGAAUAUGGAGGAAAAUAAUGUUUAGAAGGUCCUAAUACAUAAUAAUGUAACUAUGAGAAAUAUUGUUUUUGGAAUUCCAUAAAUUAUACUUGCAAUGUGUAUGAAUUGGUAAACUCUGCAUAUGAUGAAUAUUAUCAUUCAGAAACGACUGAAUACCUUUGGAAAUCUGAAAAUUAAAAUGAUAAUGUUAUAAUUGUAGAAGAUUUUGAAAAAUAAGAAAGUAAGGAAUGUUUUAAACAAAAUAACUCGACAGGUGAAAAGCUAGAAUAGAAUAAUAUUUCAAUUUGUGAAAAUGUAAACAAAAAAUGUCAAGCUGACUAAAAUUGUAAAUCAUUCACUCAUUAUGAAAUACCAAAAAACAUAGAAGAAGCAAGAGAAUAAAUAAUUAAAGCAGCCGAUAAAUCAGAUGCUAACAGUAAUUGUUCUUAGUAUUGCUAACCUAAUAAUAGUUGUUCAUAAAACAAUCAAGGAAGUAGUCUCCACUUCACAAAAAAUGACUUAGAAUUAAAAAAGGUUUGCUAGUCUUUUAAAUUUUACGUUUCUCAUCCUCUAUGUUCUAAUUUUCCAAAUAAGAUUACAGAUUGUAAGAAUAUAUAUUCGAAAGCUCUUUGUUUAUAAUAUAUUGAAGAAAAUUGCUACUUUGAUAUCAACUAAGGAGGAUGCAGAUAACUAAAAGGAAACGAACAUAAAUUACCAGAUUGUUCUGCCAUUUCAAAUCAAUGUAAUACAAGCAAUUCGAAAAAUGCCAUAUGUUAAGUCAAAGAAACAUUACCUAAGUGCUAAAUUGUUAAAAUUAAAACAACAUAGUGCUAAAAGGUUGUCAAUCUGAAAAAAAUUGCAUUUGGUUAAAAAUGUUCUGAAAUUAUGUUGGCUUAGCCAAUUUUAUGUGCAAAAGCCUAGGAUAAGUGUAGAUUUGAUGGGAUAAAAUGUAUUAGUACUGAUCCAGAACCUUGCGAAUGUGAUAAAAGUUAUAGCGAAGAAUUAUGUGAAAAAUGCAAAUGUAAUUAUACAUUUUUAGGUUAUUGCUAAAAAGAAAGCCAAGUUCCUUAAUUAAAUGAUGAUUAUUCAAAUUAAUACUAUUUAUGUUAUGAAGUUACUAUGUUUGUGGCAAAUAAUUAAGAAAUGGUUUGUGGUUAAGUUGAUUAAGCAUGUAAAUUCAAAGAUAAUAAAUGUGAGGAUGCAACUCAUUCUACUUGCGAUGAAUUAAAAAACCUUAUUGUAUCUUAUUAAGCAUGUGUAAGAUGUUAAGGUUAAGCAAUGAAAUAUAAUAGAAGUACUUAUAAAUGUGAGCCUGUAUCUGAAAAUAUCAAAGAAUGUGAAAAUCUAAAUAAAAAAGGUUGUUUAUCAUAUUCAAAAGAAGUAAAAUGUAAAUGGAUUGCAUCUCCAAGAUAAAAUGAAAAAAAAUUCGACUUUAACUGUUUAAAAAUAGAUGAAAUAGAUAAAUUAGAUUAAUUAGAUUGUGCUAUAUUAAAUGAAGAUGCUUGUAAUAAAGAAUAAAUAAAUUUAUGUUGGUUUGAUUAGGAAACAUAAUUAUGUGUGAAAUAUAAUCCAUUUAAAGGAGAAUGUACUUCAUUUAUGAAUAAUCUAACUUGUAUAUAAUCUAUGAUUUAAUCAUGUGUAUGGGAAAAGAAAUGUUAAAUAGCAUCAGAAUAAUAACAAUGUGAAGGUCUAAAUAAAUUUGGAUGUUUACAUUUGGAAAGUCAAUCUUGUGUUUGGUCUGAUAAUAAUCACAAAUGUGAAUCAGCUAUAUUCAAUGAUUAACCUAAAAAUUGUAGUGAUUUAAAUUAAUCUGAUAUUUCACAUAUGAAUGGUUUAACUUGUACAUCAAUCAAUAUUCAAAAACCUUGUAUUCUAGGUCAAAAUUACAAAUGCAGAGAAAUUAUUGAGCCUAUGUUAUAUAAAUGUGAAACUAUUGGAUUAAAUUAAAAAGCUUGUAUUUUAAAUACCCAAAACAAAUGUGCAUUCAUAGAUUAAAAGUGCGUCCCCAUCGAUACUGAUAAAGUAGGCUGCAAAGAUUAUUUAAAUCAAAAUGCUUGCAUUAAUUAAAAACAGGGUUGUUAUUUUGAUGAUAGUUGCAAGAAAUUUGAAAUAGAAAAUUAUGAUUAGUUAUCUAAAAGUAGCGAUAAGAAAUAUUCGCCCAACUUUUGUAAGUAAUUUGAUAUGGAUUCAAAUUUUACAAAAAGUUUAAUAUAUUCUUAAAUUUUAGGAAGAUGUAUAGAUAUCUCCUAAUAAAAUGCUUUUGUUUCUGAAUGUGGAUCUAUAGGUAUCAAUAAAUUUGCUUGUUUAUCUAAGACUUAAGGUUUGUGCUAAUACAUAGAUUUAGAAUGUAAAAUCAGUAAGACUAAAUAAUUUAAUGAAUGCGACCCUAAUUUAAAUUGGGUAGCUUGUGUUAACAAAAAUUAAAAAUGUAAGUUUGUGUAAUCUAAAUGCUAACCUUUAUCAAAUGAAUCCUGUGUGAGUUUAAAAUAAGAAAAAGCUAUCAUAAAUUAAAAGGUUUGUACAAAUACUGUUGACAAACCUUGCAAAUAUGAUAGUAAUACAUUAACUUGCACAGAUGAUAUUGAUCAAGACGAACCCUGUUCAGCUUUGGGAUUAAAUUAAAAAGGUUGCAUUUUUAAUACAAAAUCUUCAAAAUGUAAGUUUGAAAAUAAUGAAUGUAAAAGUGAUUAUCAAACUACUUAAACAGCAUAAUGCACAGACAAGAUUAAUGAAAGGAAAUGUUUAAGUUUAAAAGCGUAGAAUUGUUAAUUUUUACCCAUUGAUGGAUGCUAAAUUAAUAUAUAAAUUUGCAAUAACAAUACUUGCUCAUCAGAAUUUUGUUUUUAUGAUGAAGUAAGUAAAGAUUGCAAAUAGAUUAAAUUAAAUGGUGAUCAAUUAAUUUUGCCUAAUCUGGAUUCAUUAAACUAGUAAGCUUGUCUGGAUAUUGAAAAUUCAACAACAUUUUGGAAUGAUGGAUGUAGGUAUGCAACAGAAGAACUCCUUAAAACAUUAGAAUGCGAUGAUUAACUUAAUAAAGUGGCCUGUCGAAAUGUGAAGACUGAAUCUCAGUAUUGUUUAUUUUAAAAUGAAAGUUGUAGAGCUUAUGAUAAAGACUUGAAUAAUGAAUGCGAAAAAAUUGGUGAUAUCAACAAUGGAAUUAUUUGUUCUUAAAUUAGAAAUCAAGAUUGCAAAUACGAUUCGUCUUAAUAGAAAUGUGCAAUAGUUGAUUAAGAAGAAUCAAAAUAAUUGAACUGCGAUGAGAAGGCAUUAUAAUUUUAUAAUAAAUAAGCAUGCGAAUAAGAUAAUAAUUGUAUAUUUAUUGAAAAAUGUAUAUAAAAAAAGGAUUGGGAUCAAAAAAAAGAACAUUGUAUAAUCUAAAAAAUGCCAUCUUUUUUGAAUGGAGGUGAAUGCAAAUAAAAAGAAAAACAAAUAUCUGAUUCUUGUUAAGAUAUUACUGCAAUGUCUGGUAACUUAAAUGCUUGUAUUUAAGUUGAGAAGUUUGGAGAAAUGUGUGUUUUUAAAGAUUAUAAAUGCUAAACAAUUGACGAGAAUGAGGAAAAUUACAACAACUGUCCUAAUAAUAUUAAUAAAAAUGCAUGUUUGUAAUAAACAAAGUUUAAUUGUUUUUGGAAUUAAACUGUACAUGAUAAUGCAUUAGAAUCUUGUGAAAUAUUUGUAAAACAUGAUGAAAGUGAUUGUGAAAAUAAUUUGAGUUUUAAAGCAUGUUUAAGCAUAUCAAAGGAAGGGACUUAUUGUUAAUGGAAGCAUGGAUAAUGUUAGAAAAUUUAGGAGAAUGAACUAGAUUUUAAAGAAUUAUCAAUAAAAAGGUUUGUUAAUAGUAACACUUGCCAUUUGAUAAAAAAUGUGGCUGUUAGUUAUGAUGAAAUUGUAUAUACUUGUGUCUAGAUUAAAUCAACAGAUUAUCUAUCAUGUAGUCCUCCAAUCCCUGGGAUGAAUUACUUAGCAUGUCUCUUAGUAAAGCGAUAAAAUUAACUUUGUACUUGGAAUCACUAAAAGAAAGUCUGUUAUAACAAUUAAGAAGCAAACUUUAAAAAUCAAGUGCAAAAUUGUUAAAUAUAAGGCAUCAAUCCUAUAUACUGUUCGUAAAGGAAAGUGAAAGGCCCUUGUGGCGGUAUAGAAGAAGGUUGCGAUUAGGUUGAUUUAAAUUUAGCCAAAUGCAAUCAAAUAGGAUUAAAUCGAGAAGCAUGUGUUAAUUUAAAGAGUUAACCAUGUACUUGGGUAGAAGGUCUCGAUGAUGAUAUCGAUCAUUGUGAAGAAAAAAUACCAGGAAAAUGCGAAGGUAAUGAUGUGAUUGUAAAUGCUUUGGUAUGUAGUAUGGUUGCUGAAAAUGAGGCUUGUUCUUAUGAUUCCUAAAAUCAUACCUGUAAAAGGCCUGAUAAUGAUUUAACAGAUUGCAAUGUUCAAGGUAUCAAUUCAUAUGGUUGCGUGCAAAUCUAAAAUUGCUAUUUUAAAAAUUUAACUUGCAUAUUGUUUGAUUCGAAUAGCAAUAUCUCGUGCAGAGAUGCUAAUUUUGCUAAUGAAUCAGUUUGUUCAUAAAUUAAAGAUGGGACUUGUAAAUAUAACUAAUUAGGAUUUGGAUGCAUAGAAUCAUCAUUUGAUGAUAUUUGUUCUACUCCAGGGAUAAACAUGCAUGGAUGCAAUUAAUUAGAUUAAUGUUAAUGGAAGGAUAAGAAAUGUUAAUGCAAAAAGGUAAUUAUGUAAUAAAAGGAUUGUUUCGAACAUUAAGAUCAAGAGAAUUGCAAUAAUUCUAGUAAAUGUUAUUUUGAUAUAUCUCAAAUUGAAGAUAGCCAAAGAGUUUGUAAAGAAAAAUAUUGUGGUUUCGAGAAAGUGUGUAACUAUCAAUUAGAAAGUGGAAAGGUUUGCUAUUAAGAUAUUAAUGGAAAGUGUAAUGAAGCUAAUUCAUGCAAUUAAAUAAUAAACCCGUAAUGGGAUUGUUCUGAAUACCUUUUUGAUAACAUACCAUGUAUAAGCGAGGAUGAAAAUAGGUGUGUAUAAUUUGAAAGUUGUGAAAAGCUGAACUAAAUAGAAUGUAGCAAAUAUACUAGGGAAUGUGUUUUAUUAUUGUCAUGUGUAACAAAACAAUGUCAUCAUAAUAGGGAUAAAUAAAGUUGUAUCAAUUUUAAUUGUACUUGGAUCGAUUACAAGUGUAGAGAAUAAAUAUCAUGUUCUGAAAUUAAAACAGAAUAUUAUUGUAGUAUUAAUUAUUAGAAUGGGAUGUAGUGUUCAUGGCAUAAUAUUACUGAGAAUCAUAUAAACAAUUAAUUUUGUACAUUUGACGGUUGCAAUUCCCUUUAAAAGAAUAUAUUUUGUCAUGGUGUUUAAGUACUAUAAAGUGUAUGUCUCUAAGUUUACACGAAUAUUUGUCUAACUUGUCAAUAAAUUUUAGAUCCUUGUGAAUGUAUGAAUCAUGCAGAUCAUUGUCAAUAUGAUGUGAAAAGGUAAGUAUGUAUAUCUUUGCCAUGUGAGAAUUACAAUGAGUUAUCUUGUCCCCAAUCUCGUUGUCAAUUCAAUUAAUAAAACAAAGUAUAUCUUAUCUAAUAUAUAUAUAGAUUUGCAUUCCAUAAUGCUAAUUCAAUUAUAAUAAAAAGUAAUGUCAACAGUUCGAAAUAUGUACUUGGGAUGAUUUAUUUACACCACCCUGUUAUAAAGUUGAAAUCAUUGAAGAAAUUCCGGAAUCUGUUUAUUUGACUUAUGGUUUAAUACUAUAUCCUGUACUGCCUUUUAUAGCUAUGCUUCUUUGA